ACAAAAGGAGAGAGAAGAAAAAGGAAAGAAGGAAAAAUUAGAAGUAACCGCGAAGGCAUUAGGGAUUUGGGGUAUUUGCCCGCUCUUUGCAACUUCGCCACUUAACUUCAACAUUCGACAUCUCACGAACUCAUCUCAUCUCUUACUCUAUUUCUCCUACUCUACUGAAAAAAUAAAAAACCAGAAUCUUUCCCCUUCCUCUUCAUUUGUUAUCUCAAAGAGAUACAAGCCAAGCAGCAGAUAAUAACCACCGUUCACCCACACAGUCUCUCCCUCAACCCUAAACUAUGGCGGAUGCUUAUUGGAGGUACAGCGACGCUCGGCAACCACCACAGUCGGCGAUGAAUUCAGUCGUCGGAAAGCGCCCUCGCUCCGAUUACGAUGCCCAUGGUGGCCACGACCUGCCGAGUUAUUAUUCCCAUGAAGAUGAUAGAGGUUCUCUCCGCGGAAUUAGAGAUACUGACUCCAUUAAUGCCUCAUAUGAUCGCUACCUGCGCAGUGCGCAAAUGCCAUCAUAUAGUGGGGGACAGUCUGCUAGAACCUUGAGUGGGGGACUACCUGGUCGUUCUGUUGAUGAUCCACGGAUGAUGGGAAUGGGGGGUGUUGAACCAGGGGCACCUGUAAAAGACAGGGUUUUAGGAAUGGGAAGUGGACGGCCUGAGGCUCCCCUACCUCCUGGUGCUACCAGUACGCUAUUUGUGGAGGGAUUGCCUCCCAACUGUACACGACGUGAAGUAGCUCAUAUAUUUCGCCCUUUCGUUGGCUACAAGGAAGUGAGACUCGUAAGCAAGGAAUCGAGACAUCCUGGAGGGGAUCCUCUUGUACUUUGUUUCGUUGAUUUUGUGAGCCCAGCCCAUGCUGCCACAGCUAUGGAUGCGUUGCAAGGUUAUAAAUUCGAUGAGCAUGACCGUGACUCGGUCAAUUUAAGGUUGCAAUUUGCUCGGUAUCCUGGUGCGAGGUCAGGUGGUGGGCACCGAGGGAAGCGUUGAAUUAUGCGGUUUUCAGGACUUGCUUGAAUUGGGAGGUUGUGAUAAUGAGGGGCGAUACAACAAACUUGCAGUCUCGAGAAUUAAAGGCGCAUAGUUAGGACCAACUCAAUUGGGUGAUUCCUGAUAAUUGGGGGCGAUUACUAGAGUGCUUCUGUUUAGACAACUGCAGACUAUAUUUUCAUUUGUUUACUUUGGGAUAUCAGUAUGAUUACUUAAAGACUAUCUCACCAUAUGCGUUUUGUUAGAAAAUGUAAAAACUUAUUUAAAGUUGAGCAGUCUCUUUGCAUUUGCAUAUGCAUAUGCUCUGGGAUGAGGGUCUAGUAUUUGACAUUUAUUUAGUGAUGAAGUGUGGUAACUGCUGUAGGCGUCAUAUAUAUCGAAAAUAACUGGCUUCUUCUGUGUCAGUUGCUCAUUUUUCUCA